AUGUUUAUCUACGUUGAAUACGCUCAUAAACUUCUCCUAUUGCCGAUAGAUUUGCAGUUCCUUGGAACCGGAAAAUUGGUCUUCAGAGAUUGUAGAAACCUAGUCGAUCGGCAUCUCGUUCAACUUCUUUCCAAUGACGAACUCGAUGCAUCUCAUGAAUCCCUCGCACUCCAUGUAACUGGCCAACUCGAGAAUCGGCUUCAACUCAUCCACACUCUUCGCGUUGGCCUCCGGAUAGUCUUCUGGCUUCUUUUCAAAAUCCAUUUCAGCUGGUGGCGUGUACUUGAGCAGAUUGUCAAACACGAACUCUCCGGCCGCCUUUGGGAAUGGAAUAUCGAGUGGAGUAUUGAUUUUGAUGUCAGUCGUCGUCCAAUCCGGAUUCUUUCCCGCGAUGGCUUUCAUGAGAACUGGACUCUUUUCGAUGAUUUCACGCUCCUUGAUGAUGGAUGGAUUCUCAGAAUCCUUGAAGAGAACCGCCACUUCACAAAUCAAAUCCUUCACAAGAACUUUGACCAUUCUCAAAUUCAGGAGCACGCUUCGGAACACUUCACAUUUCAUAUACUUUGCAAGUUCCAGAACUUGAUCCAGAAAGUCUGUUUCAACUCCUCGAAUCUCUGGAUAUUCUGA